AUGUUGCUGCACACUCGAAAGCGAGCGUUGCAAAGUAGUGGUAGCAGUUAUGUCCCUAGUUUAGCUAGUUUACUGGGAUAUGCAUUGGAAGACAUUGGGGUUGGCUUUAGAGCUGCCUUGGAGAGUGGCGGUCGGGAUCUUGAACUUGACUAUGCUAGUGGGAGGCAACUCAGCUGUCAAGUUGGUGGACUUGUUCUGGAGUCGCUUGAAAGUCACUUGCGGUACAUGUCAUCAGAAGUUUCAUUCAACACUUAUACUGUCCGAAGUCACACUUGUGGAGAAUUGCGAUCUCACCAUAUCGGCGAAAAGGCCAAGCUUUGUGGUUGGUUGGCUUAUAGAAGAUUAGAUCGAUUUCUUAUUUUGCGAGACGCAUAUGGACUAGUCCAAGCUCGAAUACCAGAUACACGAAAAGAUUUACAGGAGUUAGCUGCAGGUACCAGUUACGAGAGUGUUUUAGCAGUGGAAGGUACCGUUGAAAGUAGGGGCGAGAACAGCAAUCCUCAAAUGCCAACGGGAGCUGUUGAGGUUGAAACACCAACGCUUUUUCGCGCUACUCCUGGUGGUGCCAGCGAGUUCAUUGUUCCAGCACCCAAGCCUAACAAUGGUCUUUUUUAUACAUUGCCUCAAAGCCCGCAACAGUUCAAACAGUUGCUGAUGUGUGCUGGAUUAGACCGUUAUUACCAGAUCGCUCGGUGUUACAGAAAUGAAACUUCGAAACAGGACAGGCAGCUUGAAUUUACUCAAGUUGACAUUGAACUUUCGUUCACCAGUCAGGAAUAUGUCAUGGACCUCGUUGAAAAUAUUAUCCUUCAGUCUUGGCCAGAGAGUCUUGUCAGUUAUCGCCCUACUGCUCCGUUCAAACGGAUUACAUACGCAGAAGCCUACGAUCAGUAUGGGGUUGAUAAACCAGACUUGCGAAUUUCUUGGAAAAUAAUUGAUUUUCCUUCUAAGCUGCCUUUUAUGAAGCUUUCAUAUGGAGAUACAGCAAGAUGUUUUGUUGCAAAAGCCUGUAGGAAAUUUAUUACUCGUAAGAAUAAGGACGAAUGGAAGCGAUUAAUUGAAAUGAAUCGUUUAGCGCAACGGUUUACUGUAAUGUUGCUGAAUGAUGUUGGAAAAUGGUCUUCAGAAUCACAAUUGCAACAAUUUUUGGAGAAGAUAGGAAUUGAUGAAAAUGACGCCAUCGUAGUUGCUUGGGGUAAUCACGAUGGAGUUCAAUGGACACUUGGUCAACUGAUUCGUUUGGUUGCUGAAGCUAGUACUUUAAGAUCUAUUGAAAGAUUUGAUUUUGUUUGGAUUACAGAGUUUCCUCUUUUUCUUUAUAAUGAUGAGGAGAAAAGGUAUGAAAGUGCUCAUCACCCUUUUACAGCGCCAGUGACGUCUCAUGAAAGUUUGCUGUAUGAUAAAGAACAAAUAUCGAAUAUAAAAGCCCAGCAUUAUGACUUGGUAUUAAAUGGAGUUGAAUUGGGUGGUGGUUCUAUUAGAGUUCACGACAGUGAAAUGCAACAUCAUAUUUUGCGCAAUAUUUUAAGGAUAUCUACCAAAGAAAUGGAACAUCUUUUACAAGCACUGUCUUUUGGAGCGCCUCCACAUGGUGGUUUUGCUCUUGGGCUUGAUAGGUAUAUAGCGCUGUUGGCUGGAUUGGGUAAUCCGAACAAACCCAUUCGCGAUGUUAUUGCUUUCCCGAAAACAAAAGAAGGUAAAGACAUUAUGUGCGGGAGCCCAACCGCAGUUCCAGAUGAAGAGUUGGAGAGGUAA